AUGAGGUUCGCUCAAUCGUUGGCAUCCGCCAGCGUGCUGGUCUCCGCAGCCACCGCGCAAGACCCUCGCUCGAGCGCCAACCAGCCUUGCGACAAUGUCCACAUUUUCCUGGCCCGCGGCAACAACGAGCCCUACCCUGGUCGGCAGGGCGCGCUCGUCCAGGCCAUCUGCUCUGGCCUCGACAACUGCGACUAUGAGGACAUUGAGUUCUACAACCCGCUCCCGGCGCCGUACUGCCAGUCGGUGAGCGAGGGUGCCGCCAACGGUGUCAAGCAGAUCACGGCCUACAACAAGCGAUGCCCUGACGCGAAGCUCGUGGUCAGUGGGUACAGCCAGGGUGGCCAGGUCGCCGGGGAUGUGCUGGGCGGUGGAGGUGGAGUGCUGUUUGAGGACUGUGUCCAGCAGGACAAUGUGGGACUCGAUGCCGACAAGGCGCCCGGCAACAAGAUCGUUGCGGCCAUGAUCUUUGGUGAUGUCCGUCACACUGCUGGCCAGCCGUACAACGUUCUCUCCGGGGCCGACAGCGAGGGUAUCUUCCCACGCCCCGAGGAUCAGCUCGCCAACCUGGCCAAGUAUGGCGACGCGCUGCACAACUACUGCGUCGUGACAGAUCCCAUCUGCGCCGGAGGGGACGUUGUCGCCACGCAUCUGAACUACUUUGACGUCUACAGCGACGAUGCCGCCGCGUGGGUGCAGAAGAGGGUGGCCGCGGCUGGAGGUAGCGAUGAUGAGGAUGCCACGACCACGAAAGCAAGCAGUACUGCGUCGAAGACGGCGACCAAGACCAAGGCCACGGAAACAUCGACCUCGACCUCGACUGAUGCGGAAGAGGAAACUACCAGCACGGCAGCCACGUCUACUGUAGCCACCAACUCGUCAUCCAAGAGCGACGAGAGCACGUCCGCAGACACUGCCAGCUCGACCGGCGCGGCGGAGUCCACGACUGACAGUGCUGGGCCGGAACAGACCAACGACGAGGGCGACUUGGCGACGGGGACUCGGGCGCACCUCGCGACAUUGGCGGGUGCGUGCUUUGGAGUGGUCGCUUUCACCUUGCUAUAG